AUGCUGGAGCGCAGAGACGGCGCGAGUGCCGACGUCCAAAGUGGAAAUUUUGCAAAGGCUGCAGGAGGUCCUGAGCGGAAAGAUCUUGAGGUACAGCAGUGUUGGGGGACGUGGGCAAGCCUUAAGCUCUCUCUUUGCCCUGGGUGGUCUUCAGGAGGUUGAAAUGGGCAGAAAAUGAGACACUCUUAACCCAGCGACAGAACAUCUGUUCUGCAUUCAGUAGGUCUCAUCUCCAGGCAGGGUUAGAUUCUACUUCUGAAAUCCAGGAGACCCAGAACUGCCAGUCAGUGUAGACAGUUACAAGGACCAAUGGUCUAACUCGGUAUAUAAAACAGCUUGGGAAGCCAAAUUCCUGUCCCCUCAGCAGCAUCCACACAAUUGCACCCAAUGAGUUGAAAAGUUUGUGGGAUUGGGUCAGAUGGAUUCAAGAUUUCAAGCACAAAUCUGCCACCCCUGAAAUUUCCCCUUUUUUCUUGUCUCCAGAGAGUUUUGUGGCAGCUUUAAAAGACCAGCUGAUUUACUACCACAUAAGCUUGUGUGUGAUAUUCUAAAGGUAGAUCUUUUUCUUGCCAAUUGCAUGUAGAAGUGGGGCCACGAAGCUUAAAUGCUUAAAAGCCCGCAUCCUAGCUGUGGCAGCUAUUGUGGAAUAAUAGAUCUGGAAAAGAGGUGUAUAAUUGCAUGUAUUUUACCUAGUUGGCUUAUUAUUCUUGGCCGCCUAGUCAUUUUGUCUCUCCCUUCCUUACAGUUGAAAUUUAGAUUAACUUCCUCACUGAAGGAACCCACGUUUAUUUGUUUGUUUGUUUAUAUUAAAUUUGUAUACCUCCCUUCAUCCAUGGAUUUUAGGGCAGUUCACAGCAGCCAUGAUUAGUCUGCAAAAUGCCAAAUACUUAUAUAAUAAUAAAUAAUAAUAAUAAAUUAUUAUUUCUACCCCGCCGUUCCCAGUUUAAAAACCAGGCUCAGGGCGGCUAACAGCAAAUAUAAAACAUUGAUUAAAAUGUGAUUUAAAAACAGCAUAAAAACAACAUAAAAUACAACAUAAAUGCAGCCUCAGUGUCAAUAAAAUUCAAAAAUUCAGGGGUCAUUUUUUUUGGGGGGGGACCCUAGUCAGUAGACAUCAAAUGAUCACCAGGGCUAACUGGCCAAGUUGGUCCUACUAGGGCCUUCAAGGAGACCAGGGAAGAAUUUAAAUGGGGGGGUCCCAGAAAGGUUUUCUUCAUAGAAGAGGAAAGGGAAAAGGGAAUAGAGGAUCAGGCUAAUUCAAAUUGAAGGCCAGGCGGAAUAGCUCUGGCUUACAGGCCCUGCGGAAGGAGAUCAAGUCCUGGAGGGCCCUGGUCUCAUGGGACAGAGCAUUCCACCAGGUCGGAGCAGUCACUGAAAAGGCCCUGGCCCUGGCGGAGGAUAGUCUGGCUUCCUUAGGGCACAUUUCUUGGUGAAUAUUAUCAUCAACAUCUUUAUUGCUAAUAUUAGUGUAGUUGGGGUGCCCAGCCAUGAACGAUAUCUUCAGAAAUCCGAAAAUGAGGAAUCACAGAAUUGUAGAGUUGGAAGGGGUGCCAAGGGUCAUCUAGUCCAACCCCCUGCGAUGCCUCUUAAAUUAAGUACACAGGAAGCUGCCUUUAAACUGAAUCAGACCAUUGGUCGUCUAGCGCAGGAUUGCCUACACUUACAGGAAGCAGCUCUUCAGACAGGGAGUCUCUCUCAGCCCUGACUGGAAAUACCGGGCAUUUGAGCCUGAGACUUUCUACCUGCCAAGCACUUGCCCUACUGCUCAGCUGAGGCCUUUCCUAUUUUAUUUUAUUUUUUCAUUUCAAAACAAUUUUUUUUUUUUUACAAACAUCAAAUUCAAAAUCCAUUUUCAUUUUCUGACAUAAGCCUAUUACAUAGAUUACCUAAAUUAAAAUAUAUCUAAUUGCUCUAGGCUUCCCUUUGCUAUAUGUAAAUACAACGCAAUUAACAAAUUAUAUUAUAAACGAUAUUAUAGGUUCCCAUAUACCCCCCACUCCCCUUCACCCAUGUGUGAUCUCAAUAUUUUACUUCUUCCAGCUUGUUGUGUUGUUAUAAUUUAAUAAUUAUUCAAUUGAUUCUAUUAUUAUUUUCUUACUUAACCCUGCACGUUUUACACAUUCUCUAUUAAUAUUUCAAUUCCGGGACUGUAUUUUUUCAUGUAUUCCUUCACUCCAUCCCACUCUCUAAUUAUUCUCUGAUUUGAGUGGCCUCUAAUAAUUGCCGCCAAUUUUGCCAUUUCUACAAACUCACAGAGUUUGUUUUGCCAUUCUAAUAAUGAUGGGAUUUUCUCCCCCUUCCAGUUUUUUGCAAUCAAUAUUCUGGCAGCUGCUGUUGCGUAAAGGAAUACACUUUUCUCAUCUUUGGGAAUGUCAUUGGAUAUUAGGCCUAGCAGCCUCUGGCUUUUUUUAAAAGAAAUCUUAAAUCUCCCUAUUUGUUAACUGAGCUGCUGUUAAAGUUUUUCAAUGUUUUAUACACAUUCCAAACUUAAUCGCUCCACAAAAUAUUGGGCCGGGUGGUGGCGAAAAGAGAGGAAGCGGCGGGAAUCUGGAAUAUCCAAGAUUAUAUAUCUCCCAAUUUGAGAGUGCAGAACAUCGUUCUCUUUCUGCAGACCAACUUCAAUGAAUCUCAGCCCCCAAGCGGCAGAAGAAAAAUGGACACAGCUGCUGAGCAGCACCCUGAGGUAAGACAGGAGAGGAAGGGUGUGCAGGGUCAAGGUUUUUGUGCACUGAUAGGAUCGGGGCUCAUCUAUGCUGUCAUUCCAUGCAAACAGUAAGCUUUCUGUACCUCCAUUAUCUCUUGUCCAUAUGGUGGUCCUCUAAAUCCCUGUCUUCCCAUGCUUUCCUCACUCCAGAUUCUCUCAUCUCCUAACCUUUUUGGCAUAUCCUUGGCAUGAGAAAAUCUGGAUUGAAGGGGGGGGGGGAAUAUGGGAAGGCAGGGAUUUGGAAGAGAACAUCAUGCGGACGGCAGGAAAUUGAUGGGUGUGCAAGAAACUUACUGGCCACAUUAAAGGACAACAUGGAGGAGCCCUUAGGGCUGGGCAAUCACUGCAAUGAACAAGUCAGACUAUUGGUCCAGAUAACUAUCAUCUAUGGUGGCGCUGUGGCCUAAACCACAGAGCCUAGGGCUUGCCGAUCAGAAGGUCGGCGGUUUGAAUCCCCGUGACGGGGUGAGCUCCCGUUGCUCGGUCCCUGCUCCUGCCAACCUAGCAGUUCGAAAGCACGUCAAAGUGCAAGUAGAUAAAUAGGUAUCGCUCUGGCGGGGAGGUAAACGGCAUUUCCGUGUGCUGCUCUGGUUCGCCAGAAGCGACUUAGUCAUGCUGGCCACGUGACCCAGAAGCUGUCUGUGGACAAACGCUGGCUCCUUCGGCCUAUAGAGUGAGAUGAGCGUGCAACCCCAGAGUUGUCCACGACUGGACCUAAUGGUCAAGGGUCCCUUUACCUUUACUAAAUACCAUCUACCUGGACUGGCAGUGGCUGUCCAGGAUUCCAGGUAGGGAACACUCCCAGGCCUACCUAGAGAUGCUAAAGGCAGAACCUUGGAGCUGCAGCCCUUCAGGUCUACUCAGAAGUAAGCUCCAUGUAGUUCAAGGGGACUUAUUCCCAGGCAAGUCUUAACAGGACUCGCAUCUGAGUAGAUCCAUCUACGUAAGACAAAACACACAAGUUGUUUGUUCAGGACUAGGUGUCUCAUGACGCUGGUUGCUGGCAGCAUUUUUCAGAUCAGUGAACAUGUUUUUGGGGAUGGGGAGGUGAUAAGAUCAGGGCUAUAGCCACUCUUUCUGCUCAUGACUGCCAUGUGUUUAUAUGGAGAUCUGAACAUAGUAUAUGCACCUGAACCUAUAUAGGGCCUUCCAUAUGUUUGGGCCAAAACUCCCAUCAGCCCUCACGGUGGUGGUUGUUGUUUUGAAGUUUCUUUCUUUCUUUCUUUCUUUCUUUCUUUCUUUCUUUCUUAUUUAUUUAUUUAUACAUUUCACUAAUUUUACAAUCAUUUUGACAUUUCAAAACUUGACUUCCUUCCCCCUCUUUUCUGCGGUUCCUUAAAUUUAAUUUUAAUAUCUUCUGCAUAUCCAGAUUAACUUAAUUCACUCAGUUAUUCAUCGUCUUUAAAUAUAUACUCUUAUAAAACUGCAGGUUGUUACAAUGAUCCUGCCAAUGUUUUUAUCUGUUUAUCUGUUAAAUAUUCAAGAAACCAUUUCCAUUCUUUUGUAAAAGAUUUGUUAUCUUGAUUUUUUAUUCUUCCGCUGGGGUGAUGGCAGUUGGGAUCCAAGAAAUUCUGGAGGACAUUAGGUUGAGAGCAAGUCAACAUUAGUAGGAAGUCAACAACAUGCUUUUCUGAUCAUUCCAUCAGUGCAAGCAUUCCUCUUUGUGCCCUGUUCUGGCCUCUCUCUUAACACACACUGAGAGAGAACCAAUUUUGGGGGCACCAACUGGUGAGGAAGGAAACCCCAUUGUGCAAGCAGAAAUCCCUGCUCAGGGCUUCAGCUGAUGUGACUCCUUAGGUAGGUUUAUUAGCAAAGCAAGUCCUACCCAGAUUGGAAGGUUGGCGGUUCGAAUCCCUGCAACAGAGUGAGCUCCCGUUGUUCUGUCCCAGCUCCUGCCAACCUAGCACUUUGAAAGCACGCCAGUGCAAGUAGAUAAAUAGAUACCGCUGUGGCAGGAAGGUAAAUGGUGUUUCCGUGCGCUCUGGUUUCCGUCACGGUGUCCCGUUGCGCCAGAAGCGUUUUAGUCCUGCUGGCCACAUGACCCGGAAAGUUGUCUGUGGACAAACACUGGCUCCCUCGGCCUGAAAGCGAGAUGAGUGCUGUAACCCCAUAGUCGCCUUUGACUGGACUUAACCGUCCAGCCUGCACCUCUGAACUGUACACCUGAACUAAGCCCACCUGGAUGUGGGAGGGACUGGACUGCAGGCAUUCUUCCUCUCCCACCACCUGCCCUUUUGAGUCUAAAAACACAGUGCUGAUUUUUGGGCUCUUUUUCCUCUGCUUUAGGGGCCUACAAUCUUUGAAGAGGUAUCUGUGGUUCUCAUGGAAGAAAAGGAGUUCACCUUGGACCCCCACCUGCUUGCCCUCAGUGGGAAUAACAUCCAGCAGUAUUGCACCAUGCUGUCCUGGCUGGGUAAGUCUUGCAUAUUCCAACAACAACAACAACAACAAUUUAUUUAUACCCUGCCCAUCUGGCUGGGCUUCCCCAGCCACUCUGGGCGGCUUCCAGCAAAAUAUUAAAAUACAGUAAUGCAUCAAACAUUAAAAGCUUCCCUAAACAAUUACAAUUUAUGAAGCAUUUCUCCCAGCCAUGCAGUUUGGUUUCACAACAAUCCUGUGAGGUAGGUUAAUUGGAGCGAUCGUGGUUUUCCCCAGAGCUGAAUUUAGGUUUGAUGAGGCCCUAAGCAACUGAAGGUAAUGGGGCCCUUUAUAUGUCCAGCUGUCCUUUGUCAACAACAAAUUGUUGCUGUUUUUUGGUGUUGAGUAUAUGCUAUCUGGUAAUUUAUGGACCUAAUAGGUAUCUAAAGCCAUUUGCACAUGUUGCCAUGGAACCAGUCCAUGCAUAAUGUAGGCACCCUAUAUCUAGAAAUGAGCAAACCAGUGAUAUUUUAGGGAGCAGGCUAGCAGGCGGGGCCCAUUACUUACCUCAAUCAUAGGAGCCUACCAACACAAAACACUGUUGCUGUAUGUAGGUUUUAUUUUAUUUGUUUUUUAUCUUAUAUUUUGGAAAUGUACAUCCAGUCCCCCCCCCAUAUUUUUUGGGGGGCCCCCAAGAGAGUGGGGCCCUAAGCUGUAGCUUGUUUAGCUUAUAUGUAAAUCCACAGCGCGUUUCCGUGUGCUGCUCUGGUUUGCCAGAAGCGGCUUAGUCAUGCUAGCCACAUGACCUGGAAGCUGUACGCCGGCUCCCUUGGCCAAUAAAGCGAGAUGAGUGCUGCAACCCCAGAGUCUGUCACGACUGGACCUAAUGGUCAGGGGUACAUAACUCUCAUCUACCUAGACUGGCAGUGGCUGUCCAGGAUUUCAGUAAGGGUCAGGGGUCCCUUUACCUUUACUGGCUCACUGGGAAAACUGCAGAAAUUCAUAUAGACAUGUGAGCUCAGCUACUCAGCAGCCCCUCUGCCUGAGUGAUAAUUCCUGGCAUCCUGAUACCUGAGUGCCAGACAGGUAGCCAUUCCAGAAAUAACAAACCCAGAUGAAGACAAAAGGGUGUGAUUAACUUGGCUGGGAAACAGGGAAAUGUAAAUAUCUCUUUUGUUACACUUGAUGGGUGUUUGGUGGAGGGCAAGGAGAACCAUGGGGCAGGGUCCAGGAUGCUCAGAUUACUGCCACCAGACCUCCCCUUUCAUGAUGUAUUAGUGAUGUAUUAGUGAUGUAGUUGGGGGGGUGUAACAUGGGGAUUAGCAGCUAAUAAAAGUUUGGGGGCUCUUUUGUUCUGGGUUUCCAUCUUUCUUCGUCUUGCAGUGAGUUGGAGUCCUGUCGUGACAGUCUCAAUAAAGACCAAGCCUACUGGCUGCUGUUUUGCUCCGGUAUUCCUGGCUGGUGUCCUUGUUUUUUGUCCAAGGGAGCCCUCAGAUUUCUCCAUUAACAGUUGUCAACAUAAAUGCAGCAAAGACAACCAACCCCACCCACCAAAUAUAAAAGCAUGUCUUUUCAUAAGCAGUGGCGUCACUCUCACUUUCACUACUGUCUCCCCAAUUUAAGCUUAUGUCAAAAGGCAUUGCAAAAUUCCACCCUCCUCUUGCCUGCAGUUCCCACCCAGUACUGUACUACUGGAGAUGCAGAACAGCUGCAGGAAUAUGCGUGGAUAUCAAGAAAGGGAAAAGGUUCUUCCUCCCCAUGACAAAUCAAGAAAAGGAAGCCACAAUGAUCCAUAAUGAAUGGGAAAAAAUGUUUAAAAGUACUUCCCCCCCCCCCAAAAAAAACCCCAGAGUCCUUUUCUGUUGAGGAUAAUUCAGACUGAAAUUUCCAGGUGUUAAAAAAGGUUAUUUACAUAUGCCAUUACUGUGGCCCGUGUUUUGUUAGCCCCAAAAUGGAAAAGGAACGAGGUCCCAACCAAAGAAGAGUUAGCAAUUUAAGUUGAUAGAAUAUGCUCAGCUUGCAGACUUAACAUAUAGAAUAAGAGAACAAGAAGAACAUACAUUUAGAGAAGAUUGGAAGACGUUUAUUGAAUAUAUGGGAAAUAACUGUGUACAGCUGAAAGCCCUGGCAGCAUUCAGAUAAAUUCAACAGUGUAAAUAAGUUACGAUGGAUGUAAUAAUGGAAUACUGAAUGGUACUGUUUCUGUAAAAAAUGCAAGGAUUUAUGAUAUGUAAAAUGAACCAUGGAAAGAGCAGAAGCGAAGUCACUGAUAUCUUAAGGAUGUAAAAAUAAGUACUUUAAAUUAUAAAACAGAGAAUUUAAUAAAAAAAAUUAUGUACAGUGGUACCUCAGGUUACACAAGCUUCAGGUUACAUACGCUUCAGGUUACAGACUCCGCUAACCCAGAAAUAGUGCUUCAGGUUAAGAACUUUGCUUCAGGAUGAGAACAGAAAUCGUGCUCCAGCGGAGCAGCGGCAGCAGGAGGCCCCAUUAGCUAAAGUGGUGCUUCAGGUUAAGAACAGUUUCAGGUUAAGUACGGACCUCUGGAACGAAUUAAGUACUUAACCUGAGGUACCACUGUAUAUAAAAAAGGAAACCACAAGAAUAAGUGGUGCAAAUUCACCCUAAGCAUGUUGACUCAGAAGUAAGCCCUCUUUGAGAUUAGUUGGUCACUUCUUGCCAAAUAUUCACGGAUGUUAGGUUUUUUAAAAAUGUAAUCCUGCAGUAUUAUAUUUUGAAACUAGGUCAUUUCUGAGUUUGGGGGCAGGUGGGAGUUAUAGUCGACAACAUCUUUGAGGGCACCAGAUUGAGGGGUGCUAACCAGCAGCCGUUCUCCAUGGUUUCAGGCUCAGAUAUUUCUCAUCACCUGCUACUCCUAGACCCCUUAGCUGAAGAUGGUAGGAAUUGAACUUUUGACAUUUUCAGUGAAAAGCAUGUGGUCUGCCGCUAAGCUAUGUCUGCUGUAGCAGAGAGUGAGCUGAACCUCUCCUAAGAUUUUCGUUCUCUCUCUUUUGUUCUCUGGCUGAACAGAAUUGAAGAAUCCCAAGCCUGAAAUUUACUUCGAGAUGGAACAAGGCCUCAUGUUGCCCCUCUCGCUGGCCCAUAUUGUCGAGGAGUUUGAGGUUUUGCCGUGCUUAUCCCAAGGUGAGGAAUGGCGUGUUCGUCCCUGAACAAAGCGGCCGAGCAGGUCGCCCACAUGACAGAUGAGGAGAGUGAGGUAGAAAUGCAGAGAUGCUUAAUUGUUCCACACUGAGAAUCAAUUCAAAUGGACAGAGAAUAUUUGGUACAGUCCGGUCCUCCCAGAGCUGUACGGUGGUACCUCAGGUUACAAACGCUUCAGGUUACAGACGCUUCGGGUUACAGACUCCACUAACCCAGAAAUAGUACCCCGGUUUAAGAACUUUGCGUCAGCAUGAGAACAGAAAUUGCACAGUGGCGGUGCGGCGGUAGCGGAAGGCCCCAUUAGCUAAAGUGUUACCUCAGGUUAAGAACAGUUUCAGGUUAAGAACGGACCUCCAGAACGAAUUAAGUUCUUAAUGUACUACUGCGAGAGGUUUGCUUGUAAUUUGUAACGAUAGCGAGUGGUACCAGGGUGUGUCGCAAACACGUUACAAUUAAAACAGGUACAGUUUAAAUCCUAAAAUAAAAUCACAAACAACCAAGGGCAAAGUAGUGAAACAAACAGGUUGGUGCGAGGAUUGCGUAUUUGAACAUUCACCUUUAUAACAAGAACGCCCCGCACACAGAAAUAUAGCUGGUCAGGGUGAAGGCAAGGCCAAAGCCCAUUUCCAUUUGUGUGUGCUUGUGCAAGUGUGUGCAAAGUAGCCCUUAGGAUUCUUUGCACCUUUUAGAAUUCUGCAAUUCUAUUUAAAACAAAAAAAGUCUAAACAAGACUACUGUGUAGACACCCUCAUUAAUUUCAAUAGGUCUAUGCUGAGUGGGACUAUUAGAAAUCCUUGAGCUAUUAUUGCCUUCUGGGUGGAAAGGAGAGCAGUUGAAAGAGCUGGGUAUGUUUAGCCAAAGAUUUAAGGCAGGUGUGGUGGGAAACCUUUGACCCUCCAGAUGUUGCUGAACUCCCAUCAGUCCUAGCAAGCAUGGCAAGGGAUGAUGGGAGUCGUGGUCCAGCAACAUCUAAGAGCAGCGUUUCCCAGACUUGGGUCUCCAGCUGUUUUGGACUACAACUCCCAUCAUCCCUAGCUAACAGGACCAGUGGUCAGGGAUGAUGGGAAUUGUAGUCCAAAAACAGUUGGUGACCCAAGUUUGAGAAACGCUGAUCUAGAGGACUGACCUCAGACCUGAUUUAAGGAGAGACAUGGCAGCGGUCUUCAAGUAUCUAAUGCGGGGUAGGCAAACUAAGGUUCGGGGGCUGGAUUCAGCCCAAUCGCCUUCUAAAUUUGGCCCGCAGACAGCCCGGGAAUCAGCGUAUUUUCACAUGAGUAGAAUGUGUCCUUUUAUUUAAAAUGCAUCUCUGGGUUGUUUGUGGGGCCUGCCUGGUGUUUUUACAUGAGUAGAAUGUGUCCUUUUAUUUAAAAUGCACCUCUGGGUUAUUUGUGGGGCAUAGGAAUUCAUUCAUAUAUUUUUUUCCAAAAAUAGUCUGCCACCCCACAAGGUCUGAGGGACAGUGGACUGGCCCCCUGCUGAAAAAUAUAGUAAUAAUAAUAAUAAUAAUAAUAAUAAUAAUAAUAAUAAUAAUAAUUUAUUAUUUAUACCCCGCCCAUCUGGCUGAGUUUCCCCAGCCACUCUGGGCGGCUCCCAAUCGAAACAAUACAGCAUUAAAUAUUAAAAACGUCCCUAAACAGGGCUGCCUUCAGAUGUCUUUUAAAGAUAGGAUAGCUGCUUAUUUCCUUUAUAUCUGAAAGGAGGGCGUUCCACAGGACGGGUGCCACUACCGAGAAGACCCUCUGCCUGGUUCCCUGUAACCUCACUUCUCGCAAUGAGGGAACCACCAGAAGGCCCUCAAAGCUGGAUCUCAGUGUCUGGGCUGAACGAUGUGGGUGGAGACGCUCCUUCAGGUAUACAGGACCGAGGCCGUUUAGGGCUUUAAAGGUUUGCUGACCCCUGAGCUAAAGAAUUGUUUUCAGUGGCUCCAAAGGGUGGGUCUAGAACUAAUAGGUGGAAAUGGAAAGCAAGCAAAUUUUGACUCGAAAAUGGGAAGAGCUUUUCAUCCGCAGAAGAGAGGCUGCCAUGGGAGGUGAUAAUGGAUCCUUCAUCACUGGUGGUAUUUAAGCAGAGACUGUCACAGGGAUGCCAUAGUUUCAGAUUCCUGUGCUGGGCAGAGGGCUGGACUACAUUAGGGCUGGAGGACCCUACAAAUGCUGCUGAACUACAACUCCCAUCAUCCCAGGUCAUUGACCAGGUUGGCUGAGACUCAUGGGAGCUGCGGUCUGACCACCUCUGGAGGACCACAGCUUUCCCAUCCCUCAUCCAGCUCCCCCACUGUUAUACAUUUUGUGUUUUAAUAGGCAGAUCUGCCUCUGGCAUGCUUUAUGCCCAAGGCUGGAUUCUUGCUCUGUUUUCAGAACUGGGUCACGCUGACUCAUUCCUGUAUUUCCUUGUUCUCCAAGCAGACAACAGGACACUGCAGACCUCGGAGCCCGAAUCCCCGCAGCAGGAGAGUGCUGCCGUGCCGCUGGUACGACUGCAGUAUAAUUUUGUGCCCAAAUUGGAAGGAGGCGUCCUCCAGGGGAAACCUUCGGCCGGCAGGACCGUUUCAGAGAUCCAGCAGGGGACUGGCCUUCAGGCGAGGAGCGAGGAGCCCGUUUCCUCUGGAAAAAACCCUGGCAAGCCUCCAGAGGUGCCGAGAGAUCAUUCCGAUGGGGAAGGACUGGUGGGACGUUUACAGCAGGAAGGCUCCCGGCAGCCGACUGCAAUGUGCUUUGCCGCAGCGACCGUUUCGCAGGGAUCUGAACGGAGCGAUGACCGAGACGUUGCUGGGCCGAACCUGCUUCUGAGAGAGGGAGGGCAUCGCUGCAGCGGCACUGCUGAAGAACCCACCAUCCACGCAAGGAAAGGAACUUCUCACCUCUGCGGCAAUGCCAGGGAAUUCAUCGACAAGCCGUUGUCUUUCCAGAUUCGUGAGGGAGCUUGUACCAGAGAGGGAUGUCUCUUGGGUCCCAGAGAGGGAGGCAAACCCGCUCUGAAGCUAAACCCCACUGCCCCCCGGCUGGUGCCCCCUGAGCAGACCCACAAAGGCCCGGACGGCAGACCCCCUGUUAGUUUUAGCGCAGCCAGCCUUUCCGCACACCAGAAAACCUUCACAGGUGAGCGGCAGAAACUCUUCAGCCCACUUGGCCUCCAGGGCCUUCCCAGCCCGGCAGGAGACAUGGUAGAAAAACCAUUCAAGUGUCCUGACUGCGGGAAGGGCUUCUUGCACCGAUCAAGCAUUCCCAGACACCAGAAUCUGCGUUGCUUGGGCUCCCUGCCCCAUCAGAAGAGUCCCUGCGGGGAGAAGUCCCUUCGUGGCCCUGGCAGUGGGAUGGGCUUGAUCGAAAGAAAGCAGUGCAGCGCUUGCAAGCAACUCUCCUUCCCAGCUCCGGGGGUUCAGAAGAACCGGGCAGCUGGCGAGAAACCCUUCCGCUGCCCCGACUGCGGCAACACGUUCACCGAGAAGUUUUCGAUGAUCCGGCACCAGGCGCUGCACCAAAGCGAGAAGCCCUUCAAGUGUCCCUGCUGCGACAAAAGCUACACCCAGAGGUACCAUUUGAAGAGGCACCAACAGAUGAAGCACGCGGCGAUUGCCUGAUAUCAGAGGACAGCUUUGGCCCCGUGUCCUUUCGUUGUGGAGCUCAUGAGAAUUGUCCGUGUUAGGCUAUGGUUUCGUUCCACCUUAAAAGGAACAGGCAUGACUGUUGUGUGUCACAUGCCUGUCUCUGUGGCUUCCCACUUUGUGGAGUCGAAACAUAUACCGUCAUGUGAUGGACAACAAUCCCAUGACUGCAGUCGUGGAGCAGGAAUUCUAACAGCCCAGGGAACACAGCUCUCUCUCUUUUCUCCACUACCAGAGUGGAGAGCAUGAAUACUUUCAUCAGAGUCCUCCAGCCUGAGCCCGUCCUUCCUGAGAUAGGGGAAGGGGGCCUUCCUGGAGGUUCCUGGACUUCAACUCCCAUCAGCCUCAGCCAGCAUGGCCAGCAUUCGGGGAUGGUGGGAGCUGCAGUCCAGCAAAUGUCCAGAGGGCCAGAGGUGCCUGCCUCUGAUCAUUGCUAGCAUCCUUCAAUCUCCACUUAAAUUUCUGUCUUUUUGUGGGGGGGUGGGGUGGGGAGAAGUCAAGGAAUCUGCCCAUCAACCUGCCGGAAACAGCACCUGUUCACUUCAAGGCUGAUCUGGACCCUCUAGACUUUGGGAUUAUUUUCCUCUCCGAGGCAGGAGGCUUCUGAUAUUCAGAAGAAGCAGGAAACUGGGGCUUGUUAUCAGCCACGAACAAUGAAACUUCCUUCUCUCACAUGCAAAGACCCCUGAAGAGCACGCAGUGCUCACACUCUCAUUCCCGUCGCAACAAAUAACAACGCCAGCUGUUGUGCUUUGGUCCCAAAGGGUCAGAGAAGCACUCUAGCAAGUGCCACAUAAUUACAAUAAUUGUGCUUUCAGAUCUGCAGAGGAGACCCAUCACCCAAGCCCACAGAUGAACAUAGCUCAAGGGAUAGUAAUACAGGGAGGGCCUUAGCCCUUCCGUGGAGCUGUCACUCACAGUCGGCUCCUUCCUUACUGAGUUUCAGGCAUGGCCUGAAAGCACCCCUCUUUAAGCCAGACGGGUGCUGUUCGUUUUUUUAUUAGGAUUUCUGCUGCAUUUUUUUUAAUGGUUUGUAUUCUUUAAUACCAGGACUUCUUAGUUUGCAUUUUACUGUUUUAUCGUGCAUUUUAACUGGAGGGAUUCAUAAAAUCCCCUGGGUUCUUUCUUUUUUUGAUGAACGGUAGUUAAAACACUGUAAACAAAUAAAUAUUUUGAACACACAAGCCUGGCACAGAUGCUUAAGUGCAAACUCAAGCCUCAGUCAACUACUGCUUUGGCUGUAAUGAGCGUAACUUAUAUUUAUAAUAAUAAUACAGUGGUGCCCCGCAAGACGAAUGCCUCGCAAGACGGAAAACCCGCUAGACGAAAGGGUUUUCCGUUUUGGAGGUGCUUCAUAAAGCAAUUUCCUAUGUGCUUGCUUCGCAAGACGAAAAUGUAUUGCGAGUUCCUGCAGGGUUUUUUUCCUUUCCCCCCCUUUUUCCCAAGCCGCUAAACCGCUUAUCAGCUGAUGGCUAAGCCGCUUAUCAGCUGAUCGUUAAGCCGCUUAUCAGCUGAUCUUUAAGCCGCUUAACAUCUGAUCUUUAAGCCGCUUAUCAGCUGAUCUGCUAAGCCCGCUAAGCCGCUAAUACUGUAGCGCUAAUCUGCUAAAUCGCUAAUGGGCUUGCGGAACGGAUUCUUUUCGUCUUGCGAGGCACCACUGUAUUAUAAUAAUUUAUUAUUUAUACCCCACCCAUCUGGCUGGGACUCCCCAGCCACUCUGGGCAGCUUCCAACAGAAUAUUAAAAUACAAUAGUCUAUUAGACAUUAACAGCUUCCCUAAACAGGGCUGCCUUCAGAUGUCUUCUAAAAGUCUGAUAGUUGUUGUUCUCUUUGACAUCUGGUGGGAGGGCGUUCCACAGGGCGGGCGCCACAACCGAGAAGGCCCUCUACCUGGUUCCAUGUAGCUUUGCUUCUCUCAGCGAGGGAACCACCAGAAGGUCCUCGGCACUGGACCUCAGCGUCCGGGCAGAAUGAUGGAGAUGGAGACACUCCUUCAGGUAUUUAAAGGAAAGGAAAGGAAAAAUGGUACGCUGCCGGAAGACAGAAUGGCUCGUCAAAAUUCAAGCUUGUUUUCUGGUGACCUGCUAAAGUCUGUGGAUGUUAGAACCACAAAAAAACCCUUUGCCAGUGGUGGCUGGGGCAGAUAGGAGUUGUAGUCAAAAACUCCAGGAGGGCUCCAUGUUGGCAAAGGCUGCCUUAAAGGUUAAGGGCUGUGUGAGCAAUGAACCUAUUACUAUAAGAGCCAGGCUCCACGCCCAGUGUGGCCAAACCGGUCAUUACUUCCCUAAAUCUGCCUCUGCCUGGAGCCCCUCAACCAGCAGGACCCCAGUGCAGCGGCCACUGCCCGCUAGCAAGAAUCACUGCAACUGGUAUUCAGAGGCACAGAGCCUCUGGUUACUGUUGCAAACAAAAUCUGCCCUUUUUCCCUUAUGGGGUAUCCAAGAGCCCGUAUAGAGUCCUUACGUGGGUUCCCUAUUGGUAGGAGAAAAUAACAGAGGCCAACCAGAGAAUAUUGAGAAGCAAAGCAGCUAGUAAGCCUGAUCUUUAUUGAUCUGUUGCAACAGGGUGCUCCCCUCACACGCAGGAAAGGAGGAGGAGCCCAAACAAAGUUGUGCCUGCCCUUAUACAGACAUUUUAAAUUCCCUGCCCUGGAGCUCAAGACCACCCCUCCAUACAUCAUACAUACAUCACAGAAGGGGCGUAACCCAAGACCACCCCACACAAACAUCACAGAAAAGGUGGUCUACAACAGAAAUUUGAAUGUUGUUGUUUUUCCUGUCUGCCAGGUUAUCUGAUAAUGCCUUAUCUGAUUGCGUUUCCUGGUAGUCUGGCCAUUCCUUUGAAAUGGUGAUUACUAAAUUCCUGUAACAAGGAAGGGUUUUUUCCCACCUCUUCCCUCCUUGCAUAGAAACAUUUGGUCAGCUUGGGGGUCAAAAUGAUUUUAGGACUGUCUUCCUGUGCUGCUUCAGACAUGUGGUUUAUAUAUUUAUGUAUGUGUUUGCUUGGUACAUUUAUGAACAUUUAUUAUAUAUCUAAGACCUUAAAAUUCUUAUAACAUUGCAACAGCCACCAUGGUUAAUAUUUUAUUUAUUUACCUCAUUUAUAGCCCACCUUUCCUCCAAGGCGGUGUACCCGGUUUUAUCUUCACAACCACCCUGUGAGGUAGGUUAGUCUGAUAGGAAGCUACUGGCCCAGAUGUCACCCAGUGAGCGGGGAAUUUGAACCCGGGUCUCCCAGGUCCUAGUCCGACACUAACCCAGUGGUUCUCAAAGUUUUCCCUCAGGGACCACACUUUCAGAAUAAACAUUUGCUCACACCACACCAAAUUUGUCUGACACCCCUCCCCUACCCCCCCUUGGUACCUUCCAACUCUACAAUUCUAUUGUAAGAAAUAUAUUGGAAAACCAAAAAGAAACAAUUCCUAGCAGUGCUUGAUUUAUAACACAGAACACAACUACUUCACAAUAUAAUCACGGGGCAUUCAGAACGUAUAAAACAACGCAGCUACCUAAGUUCACAAAUCAUUCCCAAAAUAUAAUUAUAAACUAGCCUCAUACAUAUGUACCUUAAGUAUGUAUACAAACUCAGUGGGAGAUGUGAGCUUGCUUUUGCCAGGUAACCUCAUUUAUAUUGGGUCGUAAUUCUCAUCAACAUGAAGAAACCUUUCUUCCCCCACCCCCCCACCCCGAGUUUUCAUAUUUGUAAGAGUGGAAAAUCCCCGUUCACAACAAUAUGUCAUGGAGAACUGUAGAAAAAUAGCUAACACUCUUGAAGAGAGGUGUGGGUCCUCUUUAUGGUUGUGUACCCAACAAAUUCUUUUGAUAUACCGUACUAGAGUUGCCAUAUUUCAAAAAGCAAAACUCCUGACACCCGCAAAAUUGUUGAGCUUUCUAAACCCAAAUUGUGGCGCUCUUUGGAGUCAACCUGCCAAAAGCAGUGAUUUUAAGCUUUAGCAGCCGUUUCCAAUUAUUUUCCCAUCACGUUGCCAUACAUCCGAGGUGGCAAAAAUACCCUGACGUGGUUUUUACACCCGGAAACCAGGACAUACCAGGAAUUUUCCUGACUUAUAAUAAUAAUAAUAAUAAUAAUAAUAUAUUAUUUAUACCCUGCCCAUCUGGCUGGGUUUCCCCAGCCACUCUGGGCGGCUUCCAACAAAUAUUAAAAUACAAUGGUCUGUUAAACAUUAAAAGCUUCCCUAAACAGGCAAGCCUAGAUAUACUAUACUGUACUAUACACUGCAAUGUUUACAUGUUUCUUUUCUUGCCUUUGAAUAUUCCCGCCGCGCUCUCUAUCCUCUCCUGCCAAGCCCUUUUGAGAGCCUCUGCUCUAACCACUGCACCACACUGUCUCAUGACCCAUCCCUAAGCUGCAUAUAUUUUCUCCAAGAAUCCUUCCCAGUCAAAACACGAAGGCUGUGAGGUUUUGUGUCUUUGUGUGUGUGUGUGUGUGUGUGUGUGUGUGUGUGUGUUUUGUGUGUUUUGUGUUUUUGCCGGGAAGAGUGAUUUUAUUCCUUCCUUCUUUCCUUCCCCCCAGAGCUCUUGCUCCUCUGCCACCAGAGGGCUCUGGCCAAUUUAAAAGGCUCGGGAGCCUGCUCUCUCUCUCUCCCUCUUCUCUUUGUGUGUCUUUUUUUCGCUUUUACGCGCAGCCUUUCUCGGGAUGAGUUUCCUGUAUCAGGCGCUCGCUGCAUCCGGAUCAGCGGGAGCGAGCCUCGCACCGGGAACUGGAUCAGCCGCCGCCGCUGCCGCAGUUGCUCGGACGAAGCGACGCCCGAUCCCUUCCCUUAUUUUUUUCCCCCCCAACCCCCUUCGCCGGACCGAGGUGGGAACUCCCUCCGGCCAAAGCGCGGCUCCAGAGGGCUCCGCCCAGGCUCUCUUCUGCAGCCAUUCAGCCCCAAACGCCCCAUCCGCCCCCCACCCUCCUGCGCCCCGGGAGGAGGGAUGGAGAAAGCCCCCCCCCCACGAGGAUGAUGGCCAUUUGUCCGACACCCCCAGAGUGGGGGAAAGGAAUAGGGCGGUGGGUGUGGGGUGCGGUUCCCAAGGGAGGUGCAAUUCACUAGAGAAGCGGGGAAGGAGCCACGUCGUCCAGGAUCCCAAGAGAGGAGCCUCGUUUUUGGAGGAAAAAAUUCCCCUCCCUCCGCUUCUCUGGCUUCCUUAAUCGUGCUGUUUUCACAGUCUGCCUGGGAGGCUGUUUCUGGCUUGAGAAAAGGGGCUGGGUCUCUUAUCCGAAGGCUAAUAUACUGGAUGGAACAGGGAUAAGGACCCUCGUGUUAGGCUACUGCAGCUUCCGAGCUCCCUGGCGAUUAGGGCUAACAGUGGGGGGGCUGGCAUUCCGCAACAUCUGGAGGGCCAGAGAUUCCCCAUCACUUCUGUGAAAAGGGAGUGUUUAGGAGACAUGCCCCUCUGGGGAGUCUCCCUUUCCCCCUCCCCUUGCAAAGCAUUUUUUUCCUCUAGGGUGGGAUUUCAUAUGCUUUGGGGCGCGAAGGUUGCGUAUGAUCUGCAUUGUUAAUUUAUUUAGGGCGUUUGGAUCCCUGCUCCUCAGCCAAAAAGGCUCCCCCAGUAGCUUGUGUGCAAUCCUCAAGGCAAAGCCCCUUCCUGCAGUCUUGCAGUUGAAAAGUCAGGGCACAAAAGGAAAAGGGGACCUGGAGGGAAGAGGAAAGAUGCAAACUCCCGACAGGUGCCUGUUCUUAAAAUUAAACAUUGCUUUUUCCACCUCCGCCAUCAGAGGCAGGAUGCAAGUUUUUCCUGGGUGGGAUGCACAGAGUAGGGUGAGGUGACACCCCAGAAGGGGUGGCAGACCGAGUCCUCAAGUGGGUCUAAGGCAGGCUUUCUCAUACUCGGCCCUCCAGAUGUUUUGGGACUACAACUCCCAUGAUCCCUAGCUAGCAGGCCCGGUGGUCAGGGAUGAUGGGAAUUGUAGUCUCAAAACAUCAGGAGUUUGAGGAAGCCUGGCCUAAGGCAUGCGUACAUUGAAAGCGCAUUUCCUCCCCCAAGAAUCCCGAGAACUGCAGUUCACCCCUUGCAAAACUACAGUUCCCAGGCUUCUUUCCUGGAGUUAGUUUAAAUAGUUGGGUGUGUCAGCAUCCUCACUCUUGAAGGCAGGUGGCCUGAGCGUUAAUUCAGCCAAGCAAGGAGGUGUGUUGCACAGUCUUCAUUUUUAAAAUAUUUGCCUUGGCCUUCGGGUUUCUGUGGGGAGGCUUAGGGGCCCGACAGAGGCAAAGCAACAGGCCGUGCACAUUGUCAAAUGUGUGCAAUAAUCAUGAGGCCUAGAGAUGGCUUAAAAUCCAGGGUAGGCUGUUCUAAGAAAUGCAACUCUUGGUUCUGUUUGUUGUUUGCACAAAGAACCUUAGCAGAGCAAAGUCCUACCUGCAUUCAGGGGGUGGGACACAGGAGAGUAUUAAUGGGGUGGGUGUUGGCUUGGGUGGGGUAACUUGAGCAGUCCCUCCAGGCUAGAUGAUUCCCCCCUUGGAAGCCCUCGCAGUUGCAUAAAGCCAAGCUAAUUACGUCAGAAAAGUUAAUUAGCAGGCUGAAACAAGCUCCCUGAUCAACACCUGCUUAAUCAAAGGUUAAUUUUCAAUGCAGAAUUGGGUAUUUGUGCUUUGGUGUGAAUUGAGGUUGGCAUGAGAUGCCUAGCACAUUGCUUCCCCCCGCCACACACAAAAAAAGGGGAUACGAUUGACGGUUUGUGUGCAUGUUUUUUCCUGUUGCUUUCCUUUUUACUUGCGCAAUUGUGUCGGUAGGUUAGGAUCACAAGCUUGUGAGUUCUGCUUUUGCCUCCUGUAUUUCCAUUUAUUCUGGGUACGGUACCGCGAGAAAGCAUUGCUUGCUUAAACAGCCUGCCCCGCGUGCUCACCUGGGAGUGCAAUAGCUCGGUAAAGGUGUGGCUUUCUUUUCAGUUGUUAUUUCACAAAAUCGAUAGACCGAUUGAUCGUAAUGAAGCCUCACAAAGCGGUUUGCAAAAAGAAUAAGAUCCGCAAUGUGGAUUUUGCUUUGUGGGUGUGUCCGUCCCAUGACUUACCUUUUGCCUGUGGUGUCCAAAAGUAAAACCCCUUCCCAGUUGUGAGACUGAGAUGCAUCUGCGGGAGAAAAUACGUUUGCAAUGACCCACACGGUCCAAGAAUUGUGCUGCAGUAAUACAGGAGCUCGCCUUACAGCGAGUCAGACCAUUGGGGUUGAGGGUAUAAUAAUAAUAAUAAUAAUAAUUUAUUACGGCCGUAGGCCCAUACAGAUAAAAACAAGACAUAAAUAACAGCCUGUGCACAUGGGAAAAAACAGCCACUAAAACACUACUAUAACAAUAAACUACUAUAAGAUGGAAUGGCAUACUACGCCUUAAUUAGCUUGUGGUGCUCCUUGGCAACGCUUUUGGGUAAGGACAGCGACCAGGAACCUAGCCACUUUCAGGGUCGUAUGGGUAUCCUUAUCCUGCAAGAUUUGGGCAAGGUGGAAUUUUGGUGGAGUACCCUCUAAUUUCUGUAUGAUUGAUCCCAACAAAUUUGCCCGUGGCACCUUGAAUAAGGGGCAAGUGAACAUAAUGUGCUGAAGCGACUCCGGCAUCUCCUUAUCACAUUCGCACAUGGCGGAGGUUUGGCCCUUUGAGAAUCUAUGUCUCAGGGCAUUGGAGGGAAAAACAUUAAACCUCGCUUUGGUGAAGGCCAGCCUAUGGGCAACAGUCGAAAGGGAGGAGAGGUAUGAUGGAACGCAGUAAGUUAAAGUGAUACCAAUGUUCUGGGGCGAACAAACACCUCCCCCCAGCAUAUAAUUUCGCUGUAAAUCGAUGUCAUCCAGUCUUUGGCGGAUCAGUCUUUGAGCAGUGGUUUGAUCUAGUUUUAGGGAAUCUAAGGGAGAGAUUCCAUAGCUCAGGAGUUUGGCAUGAAUUCUACUGGUCCAAAGGCUGGAGAAUUCAUCUCGCCAUAAGCAUUGGGCAAGGUAAUGGUCUGGUAAUCUAUGCCACAAUGAUAACCAAUAAUUGAAGACUUGCUUCCACAGGCAAGUUUCUAAGGAUGCGAUCUUCAAUUCUAGUCGCAUGGCUGCGUUGCUUACGCACAGGGGGGCAUUAGGAGCCGACGUAGGAAUUGGUUUUGCAGAGUCUCAAGAGGAGCAAGGUCUGUCAUCACGGCCCAGAGCGGGGCAGCAUAAGCAAGCACGGGAACCACUUUUGCCUUGAACACCUUUAGGGCCGAGGAACAUGCAAAGCUCCAUCCGAAAAGAAAAAUCGGAGGAGCGCAUAUGUCAGAGUUUUGGCCUUAUUAAGUAGGUGUUGAAUAUGUGCUUUCCACCCCAAAUUGUAUUGAAAAAUAACUCCUAGGUAUUGAAAUUUUAGGACUUGCUCUAUUUUUGCUCCACCAAGCUUCCAUUCGUAUAAUCUCCGACUUCUGGCGAAAAUCAGAAUCUUAGAUUUAGCAUGAUUGAUGGUUAAUUGGUUGAGUUGACAAUACGUGGCAAAGAUCUUCAGAGCUCUGGUUAGUCCAACACGUGUAUAAGAUAGAAUUACCGCGUCGUCCGCAUAUAAAAGGAGUGGACAGCGGUAAUCCGCUAGUCUAGGCGCAUGUGUACUUGGAGAUGAGUUGACUAAGGGUGCUCGCAUGUCGCUGAUGAAUAGAUUGAAUAGGCAGGGGGCCAAUAUACAUCCUUGGCGCACUCCCUUGUUUAUUGGUAUCGAAUUUGUGAGGUCGCCCGCAGGGGUAAGUCUCACUCUGGCAAGGGUACCUUCGUGGAGCUGACUUAUAAGCCAUAAGAGUCUUCUAUCGAUACCCUGUUUCGCAAGUUUCUCCCAAAGAAUAUUUCUAGGAACGCUGUCGAAGGCUGCCUUAAGAUCUAAGAAGGCAGCGCACAGGUAGCCCCGGGGGGGGGGAGGAGUACUUCCGUGCCAGAUGGUAAAGAACUAUCGCAUGAUCAGUUGUAGAGCGUUUAAUUCUGAACCCUGCUUGUUCGUGGCCAAUCUGGUUAGUCUCAUCUACCCAUCGCAAUAGUUUCGUCAGCAAAAAGCUGGCAUAAAUUUUCCCUAUGAUCGAAAGGAGGCUGAUGUUACGGUAAUUUUCCGGCUCCAUUGGGGAACCUUUUUUAUGAAUUGGUACUAUAAUGGCCUCCUUCCAUAUUUUGGGGAUGAUACCAGAAGCGUUGAUUGCGUCGAAGGUUUUGGCCAAGAUGCCAGCCCACCAUUUUGGGUGUAGUUUGAUGGCUUCAGCAGGGAUCAGGUCGGGCCCUGGGGCUUUGCCCGAUUUCAGCUGGGCUAUUAGCUUGGCUAUUUCGUCAGGAUCGGUGGGAGGCCAAAUAGGUAGGUGGGAAAACAGAUGCAUCAGAUGGUCGGAGGGAGCAUCUGCCUGUGAGAAACAUUUCUUCAGGAACAAUUCCCAUGUCGGUGCAGGGAUGACUGCCCUUGGGUAUUUCCUCACCCUUCUGUUAAUCAGAGACCAGAAUUCCCUGGAUCUAUGUGAUUUUGAAGCAGUAAUCAAGGCCUGCCAGCGAUUAUGUUGCCACUCAUUAUGUUGAGGGUAUUAUUGCAUUACUGUUUUUAUUUUUAUUUUAUAUAUUGUGAUCUUUUUUGCAAACUGACCCGAGACCUCCAGGUAUAGGGUAGUAUAUAAAUUCAAUCAAAAUCAAUCAAUCAAUAAUAUCACCUACACUGAACUCGCAGUAGCUCUCCAGGAUUUGAGACAGAGGUUUCUUGGUGCAGCAAGAGUAAGGUAAAGGUAAAGGGACCCCUGGCCAUUAGGUCCAGUCGUGGCCGACUCUGGGGUUGCAGCACUCAUCUCGCUUUACUGGCCGAGGGAGCCGGUGUAUGGCUUCCGGGUCAUGUGGCCAGCAUGAGUAAGCAGCUUCUGGAGAACCAGAGCAGCGCACGGAAACGCCGUUUACCUUCCCGCCGGAGUGCUACCUAUUUAUCUACUUGCACUUUGUCGUGCUUUCAAACUGCUGGGUUUGCAGGAGCAGGGCUGAGCAAUGGGAGCUCACCCCAUUGCGGGGAUUCGAACCACCGACUUCUGAUCGGCAAGUCCUAGGCUCUCUGGUUUAACCCACAGCGCCACCCGCGAGUAGCAAACUCCAAAAGAGAAUCCUGUUUUUCACCCUAUUCUCCAUCAUGCAGGUUGGCUGCCAACAGGAUAGCCCUGCAGGAUCAAGACCAAGGGUUCAUUUCAACCAGCGUACCUUUUCAAACAUUUCCCCGCAAUAUGGCACUGCCAGCUUCAUUUGCAGCCUCUUCUUAAGGCUUUCUUUUCUUUUCACCCUGCUGAUGCAUGCCAGCUGAUAUCUCCAUUGCGCUGCUCCCCACAAUAUCAGGGUUUCCCUUCCUGGAACUUUUUGAACUCACGCUAUGUCUGUUGCACGACCAAAUCUGCAUCUACACAAACCGGGGUUGAUCUUGUGACUCUUGCCUCGCAUGCAAAAAGUCCCGGGUUCAGUCUAGGUAGGUUUGGGAGUCUGCCUGGCCUGAGUCCUUGGUCAACUGCUGCCAGCCAGUGUAGGCAGCGCUAGCUAGAUGGAGCAAAGGGCUGACUCUGUAUAGGACAGCUUCCUAUGUUCCGUCUUUGCUUACAGUGGGCUCUGUACACUGCAGAGUGCCAUUCCAAUGACACCCAGCCACCUGCCCUCUUCAUCAGGCAAAUUAAGCCCUGACAGUGUGUGUCGGGGGGUGUCUCUUCCUACCCCAGUCUCAAAGUCAGCCUACAUGUGCAUAUUUAAAUGUAAAUUAGCACGUGUGUGUUUCAUGCCACUUUGUGUUAGAGGCUCAAAGACUUCUAAAUACCUAGAUUCGCUCACUGCGAGAAGCAAAGUUACAGGGAACCAGGCCUUCUUGGUGGAGGCACCUGCCCUGUGGAACACCCUCCCACCAGAUGUCAAAGAGAAAAAUAACUACCAAACUUUUAGAAGACAUCUGAAGGCAGCCCUGUUUAGGGAAGCUUUUAAUAUUUAAUAGACUAUUGUAUUUUAAUAUUCUGUUGGAAGCCGCCCAGAGUGGCUGGGGAAAGCCAGCCAGCUGGGCGGGGUAUAAAUAAUAUAUUAUUAUUAUUAUUACUAUUAUUAUUAUUAUUGAUGUUCUCAUGGGCCAGACAUUGGGGGAGAUCACAGAUGUUGAGAUUUUAUCGCUCAUCUUGCUGGCCUCUCAACAUGCAUGCGCCCUCCAUAAUCAGAUGCCACAUGAUGACACCAAGGAAGGUGUUGGACUCCAAAUCCCAUCAUCCCCAGUCGGCAUGGCCAACAGUUGGGAAUGAUAGGAGUUGUAGUCCGGCAACAUUUAUUGCAGAGGUGGCUGAUAUGGUUUCCCCCAGAUGUUUCUCCCGUCAUCCCUGGUCAUUGGCUGUUCCUCUCUUUUUUUGAAAUAAUUUUUAUUUGAUUUUACAAAUACAAGGUUCUAAAAAUCCAAAUACAGUGGUACCUCGGGUUAAGAACUUAAUUCGUUCCGGAGGUCCGUUCUUAACCCGAAACUGUUCUUAACCUGAAGCACCACUUUAGCUAAUGGGGCCUCCUGCUGCUGCCGCACCGCCAGAGCACGAUUUCUGUUCUCAUCCUGAAGCAAAGUUCUUAACCCGAGGUACUAUUUCUGGGUUAGCAGAGUCUGUAACCUGAAGCGUAUGUAACCUGAAGCAUAUGUAACCCAAGGUGCCACUGUAUAAAUCCAUAUACAGAGAUUCUUCCAAAUCUUGCGACUUCCCCCCACCCCCUCCAUGGGGUCCCACUUUGAACAUUUACAACUGCAUAUUCUUGCAUACACUAACUUUUAUAUCAAUCCGUAUUGUCUAUGGUAUUUGCUAGACUACAAGUGAAAUCAAAAUCCUGCCAAUAAUAGUAAUAGUAAUAAUAAUUUAUUAUAUAUAUAUCCUGCCCUUCUGACUGGGUUUCCCCAGCCACUCUGGGCGGCUUCCAACAAAAUAUUUAAAAAGUCCUUCAGAUAUUAAAAGCUUCCCUAAACAGGCUGCCUUCAGAUGUCUUCUAAAAGUCUGGUAGUUGAUUUUUCCUUUGACAUCUGGUGGGAGGGCGUUCCACAGGGCGGGCGCCACCACCGAGAAGGCCCUCUGCCUGGUUCCCCGUAACUUGGCUUCUCACAGUGAGGGAAUCACCAGAAGUCCCUCGGCACUGGACCUCAGUGUCCGGGCAGAACGAUGGGGGUGGAGACGCUCCUUCAGGUAUGUUUCCAUCUGCUUACAGUGGUCUCCUAAAUAACUUAUAAUUUCCCCCCAUUCUUUUAUAAAAAAAUUGUCCUCUUGGUUUCUGAGUUUUCCAGUCAGUUUGGCCAUUUCGGCUUAGUCCAUCAGCUUAGUUUGCCAUUCCUCUCUGGUCGGGACCUUGUCUUCCUUCCAUCUCUGGGCUAGUAACAUCCGGGCGGCUGUUCUUCCAUACAUAAAAAAAUCUUUUUGACCAUUGGCUAUUCUAGCUGGGGUUGAAAGUCUUAACAUCUAGAGUGAACCAUGUCUGAUCCCUGAUCUCUACAAUGGCACAUUGGUUAAAGUGUUUGAGCCAUGAACAUCCAUCACCAUGAGCCAGGAAUGGUGAGUGUGUGGCAGCCCAGAUGUUGGCCUCCGCAACUCCCAUCAGCCCCUAGCCAGCACGGCCAAUGGUUGGGGAUGCCAGGAGCUGCAGUCUAGUAACAUCUGGAAGCUACAGGGCCACAUCUGGAGGUUCAUCUGCCACACAGCAAUGGGUUGCCUUUCAGCAAAACAGCACCGAUUAUCUUGAGCAUCUAAAACAGUGUUUCCCAAACUUGGGUCUCCGGCUUUCCCCCAAACUACUAUUUCCAUCAUCCCUGACCACUGGUCUUGCUAGCUAGGGGCGAUGGGAGUUGUAGUCCAAAAACAGCUGGAGACCCAAGUUUGGGAAGCACUGAUUUCAGGAAAUAUAGUCACAAGUUCACAAGUAUAGUUCACAAGUAUAGUUGUGAAUAUGAGGUGACUUCUGGACUCUCCUUGUUUAUCCCAGCAGGUGAUGGAACAAUGAAGGACCCAAAAGGAAAGACUCUUCAGGAGGAGGAAGAAGAGGAGGAGGAGGAGGAGGAAGAGGAGGAGGACUUUGGGCCCCAAGUCGAACUGCACUUCACCAUCUUGGAAGAAUCUGAAGGCGGCAUUUCUCAGGGGAAGCUCUGGCACUGCGAGAUUGAUGCUGAGCUGCAGCCUGCCGACUCCUGCCAGCCAGAGCUGGACGAUGACUCUGUUUACUCUGACCAGUCGCGCUCCCCAUCUCCGGAACUCCAGGAGGUCCUCCCGCACCCUGACCGGGGAGCCAGAGAGAGGCGGGCGGAUAUUUAUCCUCCACAAGGUCCGGAACAGCAGGUGGAGCUUCAUUUCACCAUCCUGGAGGAGUCGGAAGGGGGCAUCUCUGAGGGGAAGCUCUGUGCGAGCGAGGUCAGGCCGGACGAGCCCCUGCAGGCCGGCUACCCCGAGCGCCCGUGGGACAGGCCCGUUCCCUGGAGCAGGAAGCUCAGCCCGCCGUCGGAGGCGGCGAAGCCUUCGUUCCUCCCGGCUGAAGGCCGUCCGGAAGGAGAAACCAAAGGCGAGCCCCCCGCGCAGGAGGCCUCCGACCAGCAGGUGGAGCUGCACUUCAGCAUCUUCGACGACGCCGAGGAAGCCAGCCUCUCCCAGGGCCCUGAGGAUUACCCGAUGUGGGAGAGCCCGUUCAAGCCGGCCAUGUACCCGGGGAACUACCCCAAGGAGGACUGGGAUAUGUCCAUCGACAGCCUAGGGGACGCCUUUGAGGCGUCCUUCCAGCAGCAGUUCUACCCCGGCGGGCGGGCGUACCCGUGCAGCGAGUGCGGGCGGGUGUUCAACAGGAAGUCGACGCUGACGCGCCACUGGCGGACCCACACGGGGGAGAAGCCCUACUCGUGCCUCGACUGCGGGCGCAGCUUCAGCCUCAACCUCAACCUCCUCACCCACCAGAUGACCCACACGGGAGAGAAGCCCUACAAGUGCCCUGACUGCGGGCAGAGCUUCACUCGCAGCACCAGCGUCACCCGCCACCAGCGGAGCCACCGGGAGGAGGACGGCCCCUACAAGGGCGACCUGUGGGACGAAGCUUUCCCCUACAUGUUCCCGGGCCCGUUCCCCUACCCGAUGCCCCCCAUGGUGGAGGAGCGGCCCUACCUGUGCCCCGACUGUGGCGAGGCCUUCGCGCACAGCGGCAGCCUCAACCGCCACCUGCGCAUGCACCGGGGCGAGCGGCCGUACCGGUGCGUCAUGUGCGGCGAGGGCUUCUGCUCCAUGUCGAAGCUCUGCCGCCACGAGAGGAUCCACAUGGUGGAGAAGCCCUACCACUGCGAGAUCUGCGGGAAGAGCUUUGCCGUCAAGUCCACGCUGACCCGGCACCAGAUGCUUCACCAGGCCGAGAGGCCCUACAUGUGCCCCCACUGCGACAAGGGCUACGUCCAGCGGAGCCACCUGGCCAGGCACCACCACAAGGCGCACCCCGGGGUGCCCUUCAACCCUGUCAAAGCGAACAGUAUGCCCGCCACCAUCUUGGAUUCUGACAACCUCGUCACCUAUUUCUGGGGCGAUGAGGAAACGGACGGUCCGGCCGAGCCUUUCCCGACUCAGCUGAUCUACUCGGGGGCAGACUCCUGAGAGCUAAGCCGCGCCUGAAGCUACGGGUGCAUCUUCCAUCUGCCACCCGGGAGAGAAGCACUUUGGACAUGCCGGUCUUUUUUUUGGGGUGCUCGGUCUUUUUCCUGGGGAUCCUUUGGAUCUGAAGAGCUUGAGGAUUCAGCCCCCCAGAGUUGAUUCCCAGCGCAGGGUUUUGUUAUGGACUUGGUGCCAAAAUUUCUUUCUCGCCUUGCUGCUUUUUUGACUUGGAGUCCGGAUGCCAGUGUGGUGCCUAUGGAGCCUAUGCUCCGACCCAUGGUGUCCCCGCCGUUGGCGCCGGCAUCAAAAGUUCUCCUGCCUGUUGCGGCAUCUGGACCCCAUCACUGCAGCGGGCGAUGGACAGACUGGGUUCACACGGACCGCUUAUUGCGCUGCUUAACGGAUCGGAAGCAAAAGCGGCCCCCACGUUGGAGGGGGAAAGGGGGAGCAGCCUGCCCUGUAGCAAAAUGUCUAGUGUUAGGGGAGGUGGGCAGCAACUUGGGAGUUCGCCUGAGUUUGUUUUUCAUUUGUAGUAGGGGGGGUUAUUAUUUUUCCUGAAAAGAAAACUAUGCCUUGUUUUAUCUCCUUAAGUUUCUAGUGAGAACGCUUGAAUAAAUUAGUAAAAUAUGGAAAUGGAGAGAACAAAAAACAAACCCCAGAGCCAAAUUUCAUGUGGCAGUGGUUUCCUUGUCAUUUUUUUUGCGAGGGGGCAGGGAUGCUGGAGGUUUCGGAUACUGCAGAACCAAGGCUCCCCUCAAUUUAUCCUCAAAUGUGCUCCCUUUCUUUUCCACCCCUCCCCCUGCACAGCUGUAGCAGAUUUUUAGGACUUCCACCUGCCACUUUGAUUCAAAAUUGCGCCCAGUCCUUUAGCACACUCUUGCCUUGAGAUUUGCCUCCUCCAUAGGCAGAGUGGAAGACUCCUAGCGAUCACAGGAUCAGACCUUUAAUGCCCGUGUUGACAUUUCAAAAGGUGGGUACCGUUUUUGAGGAUGCAGACUGGGAGAAAGAGAGAGAGAGUGGGGUCAUCAUCAAUUAAAUAAGGUGUAGGAAAGGAAGAGUAAUAUUUUCUGUUUUUAAAUCUAGAACGUUUCCUUUUUUUCUGCACAGUACCAAAGCCAAAAUUGGUGGCUGAAUUCUAUCAGUAUUGUGGGGAGGUGCAGGUGCAAAAGUCCUAGCAAAAUCAUUAGCGUGGUUAAAUCUAUAUCACACCAGCAGACUCACACGUGGUGUUUUGGGGCAUUCUGGGAAACAGAAAAAAAUCAGUACAAGAUUCAAAUCAGUGGUAAAAAUCAGAGCAGGUUUGAAAGGUUCCACCUGCCACCUUGAUUCAAAAUUGCGCUCAGUUGUAUCUUAACGUGGACAAAAAUCUGCUCCUUGAUUUCAGGAACGAUCCUGCAAAACGUGGCUAAAACCAGGGCACUUCUGGAAGGUUCAGUCGGCUGUCUUGAUUCAAAAUGGCAUCCGAUUGUAUCCCAACAGAGGCAAAAACUUGCUCCUUCACAGAAAUCAACGUUUUGUUACAGUAUCUUCACAGGCGUCCAAACGCUUGACAAAUUAGCAGCUUUCCAAAAUACAUAGUAGAUUUAAUUUAUGACCCGAUUCCUUCCGUGGUAAACCUCAUGGUGAUGUGUGGUAAAGGUAUCUAUGCCAGGGCUGCUCAGACCCCUAACCUGAUCGGUUUUAACAGAGUUCUCACCUGUGUCUUGUGCCUUCAGACCGUAUUGCCAAGGGCACUUAACCUUUGAGUCUUACUUCUAGGAGGAAACUCACACGUGGCUUUUCACCGACAGACAAAAAAAUACAGUGGUACCUCAGUUCUCAAACGUAAUCCAUUCCGGAAGACCGUUUGACUUCCAAAGCGUUUGAAAACCAAGGCACAAAGGGCGGUCUGCAGAAAACUGAAAAAAAUAACAUGCACACAGCGGAAGCCGUUCAACUUCCAAGGUGCGUUUGAAAACGGAAGCACUUACCAUAUUUUUUGCUCUAUAAGACUCACUUUUUCCCUCCUAAAAAGUAAGGGGAAAUGUAUGUGCGUCUUAUGGAGCGAAUGCAGGC